UUUGCCCAAUACCCUCACGCGGCGCUCUCUCUUCCCUGCGUUCACUCGUUUGAUUCCCUUCAUUGAAAACACACCCCGCCUUCGCCCAUUCAAUAGGUACCACCUGUUCUGGAAAGAUCAGCACACAACUCGCCCGCCAUGGACUUUUCUCAGUCGUCCUUCAGGGUUCAAGGCUAUUACGGAUAUGAGGAGACAUAUUCAGACUAUGGAAUCAUAAAACCAGGCAAAAAGACCGCCAACUCGACUGGUCUUACAGGCCAGCUGGUGAUUUCAUUUGCCCUGGGGUUUGCAGCCCUCUUCCUCUUUUGCCUACUAAGAACUCGAUGGGUGGUCAUGUUUGCUCCUCGCACAAAGCUCCGCAGGCACACUCCCCCUAUCCUCUCAACAACGUUCUUUGGAUGGAUCCCACAGUUGUUACGCAUUCCGGAGGCGGAAGUGCUUGACUGCGUCGGUCUUGAUGCAGCGAUGUUGCUUCGGUUCUACCACAUGUCAAUCAAACUGUUUUCGUGUUGUAUGAUCCCUGGACUCUUGGUCAUUUUGCCUGUCAACUACUACUCCGCCGAAAAGAACAGCGGUCCAGCAUACCCGAAUGACCCAGACGAUGACGGAUCUGUACCAUCCUAUCUCGAUGGAAAUACAGAAUUCCAGGGCACUUCGCUUCUCUAUCUGUUCACCCAGUUCACCUUCACGUGGGUCUUUUCCAUCCUCACCAUGUACGCCAUCUGGCACACGUACGAGGGUUAUAUCGCCAUCCGACGCAAAUACAUGAUGAGGCGUUCAAAUUCUAUCACCAACCGUUCUGUGAUGGUCGUCGGUCUGCCCUCUCAUCUUCAGAACGACCGUGCAUUGGCAACGUUUUAUGAGUCCCUGGGCGCCGGAACGGUGGAGAGCGCGCAUGUAUGCCGUCAUGUGAGAACACUGAAGCGGAUGGUUGAGCAGCGCGCUCACGCCCUAAGGAUGCUUGAGGAUGUUUAUUCAAAGUACUAUGGCAAUCCCUCGGAUUUCCCAGGAUAUGAUCCGGACAAGGUCCUGGCUGACAACGACCGUCUUCUCACUGACGCUCACGCAGAGGAUGAGGAUCACGACGAGAGCACGAAUGAAAAUUCAUCCCUUCUCCGUCCUCAGGGCAAAAAGAGACCAACCAUGCGACUGGGUUUCUUGGGACUCUUCGGCAAGAAGGUCGACAAGAUCGAUCAUUGCAGGGAGAUCUUUGUGACACUCGACAGGGCCGUCCAAAAGAUGCGCCUGUCGCGUAUUUUUGCAACCACUAGCAUCGGGUUCGUCACCUUCGAGGACAUGCGUUCCGCACAAACCCUGGCACAAACGGUCAACACUCAAGAAACGCUUUCGUGCGAAACAACUCUCGCGCCAGAGCCACGCGACGUCUUCUGGGAUAAUCUGAACCUCCCACCAAGCGAGCUUGGCGUCCGAUCUGUCGUUGUGAACACAACAGUGUUCUUCUUGAUUUUCUUCUGGUCUGGACCGAUUGGUGUGUUCUCAUCUUUCUUGAACCUCGAGUCGUUGGAGAAGCUGAUCCCUGGUGUCUCCAAGAUUGCGGCGGCCAGUCCAGUCCUCAAGUCCUUGAUCCAAGGAUUUUUGCCCACCGUUGGUGUCACAGUCUUCUUGGCUGUCGUACCCAAGAUCUUGGGGGCCCUCUGUGAGUCCCAGGGCAUUCAGUCGCGCUCUGGAGUCGCACGAUCGCUUUACAACAAGUACUUUACGUUCAUCCUCUUCAAUGUCGUCCUUGUGUUCACGGUCGUUGGAACUUGGGCACAGGCUGUCAAUAAGGUCUACCAUGACAUUGGCGAACUGACGCUUCUGCUGGCGGCUUCACUUCCUCGGGUUGCGCCCUUCUUUGUUAACUAUGUCAUCCUCAAGGGCGUCGGCUUAUUCCCACUUCAGCUCCUGCAGAUCGGUGAUGUUAUCGAACAGACCUUCCGCGGCAUACUGUCCAAGACCCCUCGCGACUACGCUGAGGCACGCGCACCACCAGAGCUUCACCAUGGAGUCGUUUAUUCCAAUGCCACCUUGAUGUUCGUCAUUGUGCUCAUCUAUUCGUGCAUCAAGCCUCUGAUCCUCGUGUUUGGUGUGAUAUUUUUUGUUCUGGGCUACGUUGUCUUCAAGUACCAGCUUCUCUACGUCUUCUUUCAUCCUUAUGAAUCCGGCGGCAGAACCUGGCCUAUGGUCUACAACCGCAUCACUCUGGGUUUGCUCAUUUUCCAAUUGACAAUGCUGGGGCUCUUCAUGUUGAAGCAAUCCUACAUCCUCGGAGCCUUGUUGUCACCUCUUCCCAUCGGCACUGUGUGGUUCUGGUACUGGACGACAGGCAUGUACAAGGAUUCUGCAGAGUUCAUUCCGCUCGAACUCCUUCGUCCCUCUGAACUCGAGGCCGAGAUCGGAGCCCAUAAUGCAUAUUCUGCUCAGGAGGAGGAGGCCUCUGCAGUAACAGCUGCUGCCAUUGGAUCUUCAAAUCAAGUACCUGGACAUGUUCUCAUCAGCAUCGAUGGCGUCAAUAACCAGCAGUCCAAGGCCUCGAACGGCAAAGGGAACGGGAAAGGAAACGGCGUGGUUGUAGGUACCGCAGCGGCUGUGGUCACGCCCGGGGGAACUCAGCGUCCUGUCCCCAAGAGCGUGGUCGAGGAUGAUGAUUACCAGGCAAUUCCCGACCGGUACACGGAUUACCGACAGCCACCGAUGACAUUGUUCCCUGGAGUGUUGAACUCUGGUAUGCGACAGUACAACCAUCCGGCAAUGGCAGGACCCCUACCGACACUGUGGUUGCCGCUCAGGAAGGGUGAUGCGGGCAAGAAUCCGAAUCAAGACGAAGAAUCGAGAAUUGGCGCACACUAUACGGAUUCAGAUACAGAAUCUGAGCAUCAUGUACAUGAACACGUUGAAGCAGCGUUGGCACGACCACCACUGAUGUUGCCGACUCAGGGGUCGGAUGAGCCACAGAGCUACGAUGAAGGCGACAAUCUUGUUGGAGGAGGACAAGACGAGGAUAUACCGGGACCUGAGGGCGGACGUAAGAAUACUACGUCGACUACUGCAGAUGUUGGAACGGCUACGACGAGCGGCUCUCCUGGUCGGGCUCCCCAGGCCAUUCCUGCAACACCUGCUGUUGAAACUGCAGCUGCGUCAUCGUCAUCUGCGCAACCAGAUGCAACGGUAGCAGCAGCAGCAGCAGAAGAAGAUUCCAAGAGGAAUUCUGCAGUAGAAGGCAUCAAUGAUGUGUAUUACCAUCAUCCAGAAAAGCGAGAGUCUGGCACAACUGCUGUUUCUUCUUCCGAUCCGCCUGGCACCAGCGAACGCGUUCGGACUGUUCAAGGUCAAGGAUCGAGUGGCAAUCUUCUGCGUGACCAGACAAAUUCUGCUGCAGAAGAUAAUGCCGACAGAGCAGGGAACGCGUCUUCGAAUAAGUGAUGAACCUUGUCUGGCGAUACUUUGACACCUUGCGCGCCAAAUAAAGUAAAAUAAAAACGUUUUGCAUCAUAC